CAUACUCUCCAACAACCCAAUCUAUCCAUUCCGGUGGUGUGUUGGUGUGAGGUGCAUCCCCUCCGCCCUCCUUCGCGACCGUCCACUCCAUUGAAUCCGUUUCCCCCCGACCGGCGGACGAGCAGAUGAUGGCAUCACUGGCACCACCAUCAAAUCCCUCACGAAGCUUGGCCACCAACCCAAGAACCAAAGCACCAUUCCAGAUAGCCAAAACCCACCCCAUAUCAGGCCUACUCCUUCCCAUCGGAUCCAUGCACAGAGAGUUAAAGCUAUCUUCCAGCAUUACAAGUGAGAAAAGAUUGCCAACAGCACAAGCAGUGAGUGAGAGAGUUGAAGGGGGAACAAGAAUGACCCGGGGAGGAGAGGAUGUGAAGCUUUUGGGGGUGUGGGCAAGCCCGUUUGUGAUUCGGACACGGAUCGCUCUGAAUCUGAAGGGAGUGGAUUACGAGUUCUUGGAGGAGGUGUUUGGGGUGAAGAGUGAGCUGCUGCUCGAGUCCAACCCUGUGUACAAGAAAAUUCCUGUACUCAUCCAUGAAGGCAAGCCCGUCUGUGAGUCCAUGAUCAUCGUUCAGUACAUCGACGACGUCUGGGCCGCCACGCCCCCUGCCAUCCUGCCCGCCGACCCGUACGACCGUGCCCUCCACCGCUUCUGGGCCCACUAUGUUGAUGACAAGUGGUUCCCUUCAGUGUUCGCAAGCUCAAGGGCACAAACAGAGGAGGCCAGGGCGGAAGCAGUGGAGCAGGUCUUCGCGGGGCUAAAACUACUGGAGGAGGCCUUUCAGAAAUGCAGCAAAGGGAAGGGCUUCUUUGGAGGUGACACCAUCGGGUUCCUGGACAUUGCCCUUGGGUGCUCCUUGGGGUGGUUAAAGGCAACGGAGAAGAUGACAGGCAUCAAGUUUUUGGAUGAGGCCAAGACGCCUCUCUUGGCGCAAUGGGUGGAGAGAUUCUGUGCUAAUGAUGCGGUGAGGGGGUUGAUGCCGGAGACCGACAAGCUGGUGGAAUUUGCCAAGAUGCUUCAGGCUAAGCUCAAGACUGCUGCUCCUGCGAAGUGAAGCCAUUUUCGUUUCAGUAGCUAGUUGUUUGUAGAAGGUAUGUUUGAGGUAGGGUGACAGAAAUAUCAAAUGGCAGAAUUAUCUCUAGAGGAAAUGAGAAGAGCAGGACAAGAGGAAAUGAUUGAAGUUUAACUAUCCUUGACAACAGUUUUUGCUUAUUAAUAAUAUCUUAGCUUUUCUGUUUCUUUCUAUAAA